GAGCUGGAAUCAACAGCUUCCCCUCCUCAGUGUCCUGAGAAAACCUAGACAACUCUUGUGCUGAAGCAGAAGACAGAUGCCUUUUUACAUUCCCUGGCUUUAAGAACAAGGCAACAGGCAGUGAACACCAUGAAGCUGUGGUUGAAAGGCCUGGCCCUGCGGGCACUGAGGAGCCCCUGGGGUGUCUGUGGGGUUCAUGGGCAGCCCCCACCUCCACCUGCUCCUGAGAUUACGGCCACCUGGGAGGCCAUCAACCUUGGGAGGCAGCCUGUGCCUGAGUACUUCAACUUUGCACACGAUGUGCUGGAUGUGUGGAGUCAGCUGGAAAAGGCUGGGCACCGUCCCUCGAACCCAGCUUUCUGGUGGGUAGGUGGCACGGGAAAGGAGAUCAAGUGGAGCUUUGAAGAGCUGGGCAAACAAUCCAGGAAGGCAGCCAAUGUCCUGGAGAGCGCGUGCGGCCUACAGUCUGGGGACAGAAUGAUGGUGGUACUGCCACGGCUUCCGGAGUGGUGGCUGGUCACCGUGGCUUGUAUGCGGGCAGGCCUCAUCAUGAUCCCAGGUAUCUCCCAGCUGACAGAGAAGGACCUCAAGUACCGACUGCAGGCAUCCAGGGCCAAGUCCAUCAUCACCAGUGAUGCCCUGGUUCCACAGGUUGAUGCCAUCUGCCAUGACUGCCCCUCCCUCCAAACCAAGCUACUGGUGUCGGACAACAGCCAUCCAGGCUGGAUGAACUUCAGGGAACUCCUGCAAAAGGCAUCUUCAGAGCACAACUGUGUGAGGACCAAGAGCCAAGAUCCCCUGUCCAUUUACUUCACCAGUGGAACUACAGGGAACCCCAAGAUGGUGGAGCAUUCCCACAGCAGCUAUGGUCUGGGUUUUGUGGCCAGUGGAAGGCACUGGGUAGCCUUGACUGAAUCAUCGAUCUUCUGGAACACAACUGACACUGGUUGGGUGAAGGCAGCCUGGACUUUCUUCUCUGCCUGGUCCAAUGGAUCUUGUGUUUUUGUUCAUGAGCUUCCUCGAGUGGAUACCAAACUUAUCCUGAAUACUCUCUCCAGGUUCCCAAUAACCUCACUCUGCUGUGUCCCUACCCUCUUCCGGCUGCUGGUGCAGGAAGACCUGACCAGGUAUCAGUUCCCCAGCCUGAGGCACUGUGUGACCGGAGGAGAGGCCCUCAACCCUGAUGUGAGGGAACGGUGGAAGAGCCAGACCGGCCUGGAGCUGCAUGAAGGCUAUGGGCAGUCAGAAACUGUUGUAAUCUGUGCCAACCAAAAAGGCAUGAUGAUCAAGACCGGAUCCAUGGGGAAAGCAUUUCCACCUUAUGAUGUGCAGAUUGUGGACGAUCAGGGCAAUGUCCUGCCUCCUGGAGAAGAGGGGAAUGUUGCUGUGCGCAUCAAACCCACCCGGCCAUUCUGUUUCUUCCAUCACUAUGUGGACAAUCCUGAGAAGACAGCUGCGUCAGAACAAGGAGACUUUUACAUCACGGGGGACCGAGCCUUCAUGGACAAGGAUGGCUACUUUUGGUUCUUGGGGAGGAGUGACGAUGUGAUCAACUCCUCAAGCUACCGGAUCGGGCCCGUCGAGGUAGAGAGUGCCCUUGCCGAGCACCCAGCUGUCCUGGAGUGUGCUGUGGUCAGCAGCCCAGACCCCAUCCGGGGAGAGGUGGUGAAGGCGUUUAUUGUCCUUACUCCUGCCUAUAGCUCACACGAACCAGAGGCGCUGACAAGGGAACUCCAGGAGCAUGUGAAAAAGACAACUGCCCCAUACAAAUACCCCAGGAAGGUGGAGUUUAUUUCAGAACUGCCCAAGACAGUUUCUGGAAAGAUCCAAAGGGGUAAACUGAGAAACCAAGAAUGGGGGAGAUGAAGAACAACCCUAGGAAGGCUCCAUCGUGCCCUGAAGAGUCUAAGAGGAGGAGCCCACAGACAUCACUUCCAAAUUCACAUCUCCAGAGUCACAGGAUGACCCUGGAAAGUUCUGGAAGAGCAUGGUGGACCCAGGGCACACAGACAACUGCAGUCUAGAAAAUGCUGUCUAGAGGUGUCCUCAGUGUCUUCCUUUGAGUUCUAUUAAGAGCUUUUAGCUGUUUCUAAGAAAAACAAGGCGCCAUAGCCCUGGUGCCCCUUACUAGCACUGGACGAUUCAAAGCUUGACUCCUGGGAAUGAAAUCACUGGGUUAUACCAUCCAGGCUGUAAAAUUGGCAAUAUUCUUUAGCUUAGACAUCCCCUCUCUGAAAAAUCAUCUAAAAAGAAAUGAUUCAAACUGUAAAAACUGGCGCACAAAAACAUUCACUGUAUUAGCCAGAUGUUGGUGGCUCAUGCCUAUAAUCCUAGCUACUCAGGAGGCUGAGAUCUGAGGAUCAGGG